AUGCUGCUUCUGGAUGGCCGUGAUCCGUGGUGUGUGGGGAGCCUGGCAUUGACAGGGCAUCGCUUCCUUGUACCUCCGGACUACCGGGAGGCUGAACAGCACGAGAAGGCGUACCAGAAGCAGGAUGCGAUCUUUGUGGGAGCGAAGCGUGUUCUCGGCAAGAAGGUCGCCAAGAGCAAGGGCAUGCGGUUCGUGAAGAACGUCGGCCUCGGCUUCAAGACCCCCAAGACCGCGCGGGAAGGGACCUACGUGGACAAGAAGUGCCCCUUCACGGGCGACGUGUCCAUCCGCGGCCGCAUCCUCAAGGGCCUGGUAAUCUCCGCCGGCAAGAUGACCAACACCAUCGUCAUCAGGCGUGACUACCUGCACUUCGUAUCCAAGUACCGCCGUUUCGAGAAGAGGCACAAGAACAUGACCGUGCACUGCGCUCCCUGCUGGCAAAACGUGAAGGAGGGCGACAUCGUGACGAUCGGGCAGUGCCGGCCUCUGUCCAAGACCGUGCGCUUUAACGUGCUCGAGCACGAGCCGUGCAUCAACACGGCCGUGUCGGUGCGGAAGCAGUUCCGUAUGUUCUAAGAAGCGUGCCGCGUCUUUUCGGAACACCUUGCUAGGGGGAAGGGUAACGUUCGAAGGAGGCCUUCGAUGAAGGAAGAAAGCGAAAUCUGCCUGCGCACACGCCAAGCGUGCAGCCGUGACUGGCGAAGAAGCUGUCGAUUCUUGUCGUCAGCACUUUUUGCCCUGCCGCGCGUUGACGCUCUCGUAGGCGAUGGAUUUUUGACUUGGGGCAGUUGGCGCCGAGUCUCUAGUUCUGCUGUUUGAUGGUGUUGCGUUUCACGCGCGCGUUCUUCUUUGUCCACGGCGAUAGGGGCGAGUGCAUCCCUUAAAGCAUGGGUCAGGUGCCCUGUCAAAAAAAAAAGUUGACCAUAAUUGUCCGGUUUCUGAGGCUCUUUUCAAGAGCGAGGAUACCCUUUGCGCUGCCUACCUACACGACACGCGGUGGGUGCAACACUCUUCACGGCAGCAGUCCCGCUUUCUUUCUUGUUGCUGGCUGCUUGCGUCGAGAAAGUUGCCCGUUCGUUCUUGAUAUGAACGCUACAGAGUACCUCUUGUGCC